AUGGCCUGGCAAACCGGAAUGACCUCGCAAACGGGACAGACAGCAGCAGAUCGAUCGGAGACGCAAAUACAAGUGUCUCCUUCAAAAAUCAUUAUUUUGUCUAACAUGGUCGCUUUAAAGUUGUUCUUCCUCUUCCACAUGGCACUUCUCGGCACGGUCUUGAGUGAAAAGGUGUCGAUGAGAGCCUUUCGAGUACGACAAAAACGAGACACCGAAUCUCUCGGAACGGGUGGCUUGGUGGCGAUUGUCUUGGGGAUUUGCAUGGCGUGCUGCAGCUCCAGUUGCUGUAUCGCGUGUUAUUGGCUUAUCGCAAGGCAACGGCAUAGAAUGGAAUGGCGCCUUCCUGCAGAUUAUAAUUUACAAAACCCACCGAUUUACCCAAGUCUACCACCGAUGUUGGGCGUGGAUUUGUUGUCGGCACCCGAUCAAACGCACGAAUCGAGCACGUACCCAUCAAAAAAAGAU